CUCUCAUAGGAAUGAAUGAGGCCCCGCCUCCCACGCUGUAUCCAGUUCUUAUUAUACAUCCAUGAUGACCACCCCGGUGCAGAUGUUACACACGAGAUAACAGCGAGACAAACUGCGGGUGUUUGGAUGCGUUGGCUCGGGUUAGCAUGUGGUCUGCCGGUGAGGAUGUUAGCUCGGGUCAGCAGCCCCUCCCGGGUUGACACCGUGUGAUGAAGGCAGACUCUCACGGUAACCGGACCAGAAACACGUUCAUGCUCCAGUUUGACUUUGUCGCCCUUCUGUAAGGUAGCUGAGAGAAAGAGAAACCUCUUCUGAAAACUACUCGGACGCCAUGGCCCCUCACCCGGCGGUCCAGGCCGCCAUUGACCUCUCUGCAGGAGCCAUAGGGGGGGCUGCAUGUGUGUUCAGUGGGCAGCCUCUCGACACAGCAAAGGUCAAGAUGCAGACCUUUCCUAAUCUGUACCGGGGUUUCAUCCACUGCGUCACGUCCACCUACAAACAGGUGGGUCUGCGGGGUCUCUACCAAGGCACCUCCCCGGCUCUGAUGGCCAACAUCGCAGAGAACUCCGUGCUCUUCAUGAGCUACGGAUUCUGCCAGCAGGUCAUCCGCCUCUCAGCUGGUCUGCCCAACGAGACUGUGCUCAGUGAUGUGCAGAAAGCUUGUGCUGGCUCAAUAGCGUCCAUUUUCUCUUCGCUAGUCCUCUGCCCCACUGAGCUGGUCAAGUGUCGGCUGCAAGCCAUGUAUGAAAUGGAGUUAUCAGGCAAGAUUGCAAAGAGCCAUAACACAGUGUGGUCGGUGGUGAGAUCCAUCAUGAAGGCUGAGGGGCCGCGGGGCUUCUUCCAGGGUCUGACCCCCACCAUCGCCAGAGAGGUGCCCGGGUACUUCUGCUUCUUCGGGGCCUACGAGCUCUGCCGCACGACCUUUGCCGACUACAUGAAGUGUGAAAAAGACGACAUAGGUGUGAUGCCCAUCAUGUUCAGCGGGGGUCUGGGGGGGGCCUGUCUGUGGCUCGUUGUUUAUCCCAUGGACUGCGUCAAAUCUCGGAUCCAGGUCAUGUCGAUGAUGGGCAAACAGGCGGGGUUUUUCAAGACCUUCAUGACCAUCGCUCGUACUGAAGGUGUGAGGGCACUGUACUCCGGUCUCACCCCCACCAUGGUGCGCACCUUCCCUGCUAACGGAGCGUUGUUCCUGGGAUACGAGGUCAGCCGGAAGCUCAUGAUGAAGCAGUUUGACAGCUAAAACACGCACAACUCGAAUGAAGGAAGUGAAGUAUUACAGCCAUAAAACCUCGCCAAAACUCCAGUUGAAGCAUUCAAGCUCAAUACUUUAGGGAUCUGGUUUUCCCUCAAAACUGUCACGCUUCAUCUCUUUUUUAACUUACCCUUCUAACAUAGUGUUUAGAUCAUCGUAUUCAUUAAUUUUUUAGUGUUUUAUAUAUAUAUAUAUAUAUAUAGUUGAUUUUAAACUCCAAAAUUGCUACUGCCAGCAUACAGCUUGCAUACUAAAAUUAGAAAAUGUAUGUGCAGCAUAGAAGCAACGGUAACUAGCCUCAUUGAGGAUGUUAACACUCCAGUGUAUUAUUAUUUCUUAUGUCUACCUCAAAAGAAGUCAUAUACGCACAGAAACGUGUUUCUCUGACAGACAUUUCAAAUGAUUCUUUACUUUCUGUGUAUGCAGGUACACAGAGAAACACUCCGUUAGGUUGAGAGGUUAUCUUUUAAUGCACAGAAACUUAAUGCAUGAAGUUAGAAAUGUGAGGUAGAAUAUACUAAUCAAUUGAAGUUGCCUAAAAUGGGUUUUGAUGACAUGUUUUUUUUUUUACAUUUUUAAUUCAUAGAGUAAAGAAAAUGGCUAUUCUGGUAAUAAAUAUGUUAAAAUAAUUUGCUUUAACCAUGAACUAAAGUCUAACAGGGUUCCCCAGCCUCAACUAAAACAAACACUGCCAGCAGGAGUUUUGUCAUACUGACUGUUUUUGUAUUUUCAAUCUCUUUAAACCCAGUUUUUGCCUUUUUUGAUCACUACGCUUUGCCUUUUCUGUUGUGUAACCUCUAUCUGUGUCCAUUCUGUAAAAGUCAGUGAAGAAAUAUCCCUUCUUUUAAUCAAAUGGACCUUUUGCACAAUGCAUUUGGCGUGCAGGGUUUUUCCUGUGCUUAGUUGGCAUUUCAGAAAUCUCAGUCCUAUUCCCUUCAAUGUUAAUACACAUUUUAAAAUGCUAACUACUGUAUUUGAGAUGACACUGACAUGUUUGUGCAUCCUGGUAUUCAUUGCAGAAAAUGACUUACAUUAAAGGUGUCAUUGUAGAAUAAUUAAA